CUGGCACAGACGGGUCAAAAAGCAGCUGCUCGCUCUGGUGAGGCAGUGAGACAGCAUGUUCACGUGGGGGGAGGAAUGUCAGCGGGGCUUCUGCCCUAAAGGCGGCUCCGGAGCGGCCAGCGCCGGCAGCAACGCAGGGGUCCAUCACCUGAACCUCAGCUAUCACAUCCGGGACCUGGCAGCGGGUCACAACGUGCUGGUGUUCCUCAAACCCAAUGGAAACUCCUUCAUCAUUCGUACACAUGAGAGCGAAGAUGGGAUUAGAGUCCGACGAAGGCAGAAGUUUGUUAAAUGUAAAGAGAAGAUCCAGGCUGUGAGCUGCGGGGAUGAAGCCGUCACUCUGCUGUCUGACAAAGGCUGCGUCCUCUGUGUGGAGGCUGCUCUCCCCCCGAGGCCUCUGGAAGGUUUGCACAACAUAGUGGUUUCUCAGGUUGCUUGUGGGAGCCAGCAUUCACUCGCUCUGACCAAAGACGGCCGGGUGUACACGUGGGGGCAGGGCUCCAGGGGCCAGCUGGGUCUGGGUACCAGGAGGCUGGGGGCCAGUCCUCCCCAGCACCUCAGAGCGUUGUCAGGGAUCCCCCUGGUCCAGAUCGCUGCAGGUGGAGAGCAGAGUUUCUGUCUGUCUGUGUCUGGAGCCGUGUUCAGCUGGGGCAGGAACCACCGCGGGCAGCUCGGCCUGGGAGACACCACGGACAGAGAUGAACCUGUUGCUGUUCAUUACCUGGACAUGAAGAAAACGGUUUCUGUCUCCUGUGGAGAGGACCACACCGUCGCUCUCACCAAGGAUGGGGCCGUGUUCACCUUCGGAUCAGGUCGACACGGGCAGCUGGGACACAACUCCUUCAGGAAUGAGCUGCGUCCGCGGCUUGUUGCAGAGCUGUGGGGGUCAAAGGUCAUCCAGGUUGCAUGUGGACGACGUCACACGCUAGCGCUCACAGACUCGCGGACUGUCUACUCCUUUGGUAGCUGUGAACAGGGGCAGCUAGGACGCGGAGAGGACACUCAUCCGUCUGUGCCACUUCCUGUUCAUCUGCCUCUGGAUGGUGAUAAUAGCCCCAUAAUAAGAAGAGUCUUUGCAGGAGGAAACUGCUCAUUUGCGACUGUUGAGACUCACGGGGAGUUAAACACAGACACUGCCGCCAGCGGAACACGGCUCUGUCUUGAGGACAUGAUCGAUCAUUGGACAUCUAAUUGCGAUUCAAAGUCACGGAGAAAGAAAAAACUGGACAUUCGCCGGAUGUUCUCCUCAGCGUGUUGUGUCAAUCAAAGCUUCCUUGAACAAAGGAAAGACAAACACUUCCAGACAUCACCCACGUACCACGGCUUGAACCUGUCGAUGGCACGACUCGCUUUCAAGAAGCUGGUGCAGAAGGAAGACGUUGUGACGGAGGUGGAGGAGGCCGUGCUGCUACUGCUUCAGUCCCUGAAUACAAAGCCUCUGGCGGUGGAGGGGCUGAGGCUCCACCUACUGCUCACUGAGCUCCUGCACGUGAUCCAGAAACACGGACGGAGACAUAGCGAGCGGCUCCCUGAGGCGCUAGCUGCUGCCGUGCUGCGCCUCCCGGCUGGAAGCCUUCAGGUCCUAGGUGAGUGGUGGGCCUCCCUGCCUGCCUCCACCAUGGUGAGCUACGUGAGGCUGUGGAAGAAGGCCCUCUCAGCGCUUCUGGCCUCCGAUCUGUUUCCUUCUGAUUCCAGGGUCAGAAACCUGCUGGGCAUCCUCCAGCACAUGUACAACGUCAACAGGAAGCUCACAGAGCCUCGGAGGGUGCCAGACACCCAUUUCUGCUUAUGGUUUGACACAGAGUUUCUUAAGAAAGAGCUGCUGCUUUGGCACAUGGGGGUGUCAGAGGAGUCACUCAUCCUUUUAAACUUCCCCAUCCUGAUGGACCUGCAAACAAAGAAAAGGCUUUUUGACUUGAAUGCUGAAUUCUGCAAGAUGACUCAAGCUUUCUGGUUCCACUCGACACUUGAACUGUACCUGAGUCGAGGAAAGGUUUUGAAGGACACUCUCCACCAACUGUCUGCUGCCCACCACAGCGACUACAAGAAGUCGCUGAUAGUGUAUUUUGAUGAAGUCCUUCAAGAGGAUGACAUCAGUGUCAACGUCAAAGACUUUUUUCAUAAAGUCUUUCAUGAGAUGACAUCAGUAGAAGCUGGAAUGUUUAUGUUUAACGACUCUGAAACGCUGGCGUGGUUCCCAUCUAAUCAGGCAGCGCUGGAGCACCAGACAUACUUCCUGUUGGGGCUUCUGUGUGGCCUGGCUUUGUACCACCAGUGCAUUGUACACCUUCCGUUCCCACUGGUUCUGUUCAAGAAGCUACUGGGCAUAAAACCUUCCCUGGAAGACAUGAUGGAGUUCAGCCCAUGUGUUGGAGGCAAUCUGAAGCACAUCCUGGAGAAGUAUGACGACGACAUUAUAAAAAGCCUGGAGAUCGAUUUUUCAAUUGACUGGGAUGGGAAAAAGGUUGAACUUGAUCCUGAAAAUCCUGAAAAGCCAGUAACAGGUCAAAACAAAAGGGAGUUUGUUGAAGCCUACGUGAACUACGCCUUCAACACAUCAGUGGCCGGCGUGUUUCAGGAGUUUAAACAAGGCUUCUUUCAAGUGUGUGACCAGGAUUUGGUGAAGCUGUUUGGGCCGGAGGAGCUGCAGGGAGUUCUGGUGGGUGAUGACUUCCAUGACUGGGCAAAAAUGAAAGAGAACACAAUUUAUGAAGGCGAGUACCAGGCUGACCACCCAACUAUAAAGAUGUUCUGGGAGGUGUUUGAAGAACUAACUGAGCAUCAAAAGAAAACUUUUCUGUGGUUUGUGACAGGUUUUGAAAGGGUGUCUGUUUUCACCAUGAAAAACAUCACGGUGGCGGUCCGAGGUAAAGAAGCAGAGGAAGACUCGUAUGACCAGUACUACCCUGAAACACACACGUGCUUCUCAAAGUUGGAGCUGCCCUUAUACUCCAGCAAAGACAUGAUGCGAAGCAAGCUGACAGAGGCCCUGAGCAAGAAACGAAUCUAAGAGGAGAAUCUCUGAGUGAUGAUAGGACUCACUGUGUGUGAAACACUGUGGAGAAGGACCUCGUAAAUGACUUAAUAAACAAAUGUAUAAUGAACCGGGUACCAGGCACCACAUACAAUGUACCACAUCCAGACUCAGGGCUGCAGGUGGUGUUGGGGGUGAGGGGUGAGAGCUAUAAAUCCACUGUGUGUGUGCGUGUGUGCGCGUGCGUGCAUGCGUGCGUGCGCGCGUGCAUGUGCGUGUCCUGUGUUGUAGGCUGAUAGCAAUUAAAACCCUUAAUCAAUCAAAUAUGAAAAUUAAACUACUGUAAAAACUAUUUCCUUCAUUAAAGCAUUUAAUUAAA